CAUCUUGGCAGCAAGCAGCACCGAGGCAGCAAAUAGCUGUGCGUUCUAAAUGAAUUUAUUUUUCCUGACCAUCCAUCGUCGGAUUAUGCGUGCAGCAAACAAGUGCAGUGUUGUGGUGCAUUAAAAGUGAUCGCUCCGGUCGCAACAGCACAUCCGUCGCGUGCGUCUACCUCGUAUCGGUGCAGAAGUAAUAUAGCGCUGCUUUGAAACCCAGACAGCACCCGCGUACCUCGUGACGACAAUAGUAGCGGUGGCGCUUCAUCGGUCAUCCGGUCGGUCGGAAAAUAUGGUCACAGUACCGUAUUUCCUGUGCGCCUGACGAUUGAGCAUGUCCGCCGACGGUGGUGCUAGGAGCAAAACAAGGAAACGCAGGCGACGAUGAUGAUGGAGGAGCAAAUACGCCCGAACGCGCACUCGUUCGCCUUUUUGCCGUAGUGGUGUUGUGUUUUUUUUUUUCGAUCGUGCGGUGUGAUAUUUUAUUUCGUUCGUUUCGUUUCGGUACCAUUUUCAAUUGCCCUUCCCCAUACCCACGCUUGCGUCAGACCACCGGCAUAUACGGCCACUUCAUACACCUCUGCGGACGGAGUACUUUGCGGCUAUCAAGAAAUAUAUCCGCCAAACCCCGUUACCGUGUCGUAAUCUACGUGCGCGCGAGAUUCGAGUGUCAAAGCAGACUCAGCAUUAAAACAAACAAACAAAAAAAAUCGAACCUUCUAUCGAACCAGAUCGACUUUAACUCAUAUUUGUACUGCGCCAGUGCACUUUGGCAGUAGGCAGUUGAUUAGAGAAAUAGAUCUGCUGUUUUCAAAAUACCUCAACACGCUAGUGAUUUGUUACAAACGGUGUAGUAAAAUGCGUGAAACAAAUUUCCUUCACCUUGUGAGUGCAUUUAGUGCCUACUACGUAGCGCAGUAUCAGCAGAAACAGUGUAUCGCAUCAUCGCUGGUUUGCUCACGGUGUUAUCACAAAGCAAGCCGCGCAUAGUCUGUUCGCGACUGGUAGUAUCAACAAGGGUGCGAACUGUGUUCGAGCGUGAAGCAAACCGGUAGGAAAUGUGAAUACUCACGACGACAAGACUACUGCUACUACCGCGCACCAAGUGAAACAGCUCACUAAGCACACACCUCACUACAGCUACCAACAAAACGCACCGACAACCGGAAGGCGCUGCUUCGCUGCGGUUUUGCAGCAAACGGCCAUCAAUAACAUUAGGAAACUGAAGGAUUUCAUACAGCCCACUUCAGGGAGCUAAAUGCUGUGAAUUACCGUUUGCCAACUAACCUACCUAGAAGGAAACGGUCAAGGAAGCAAGCGAAAAAAAAAACAAACAAACCCAGGGAUCAUAUACAGAGCGUGUACUAGAGAGAGAUAGUUGUGUGAACCAUUUAGCUAAAUCGUCGUUACUCAUCCCCGAGCGCACUGGGAAAACACAUCCUGGACGGACGAACGCAAAGCAAUUCCACAUAACUACCAAAGUCGAGGCAGACUAACCGUGUGCCAUCGUAAUGGGUAACUGCAUCGGCAUCAAUCGUAACGAUGAAACGCUGGACCUUGGAUCGAAUAAUGUGUCCCGGCCAGUUACGGGGACGACAUCCAGCUUCGUCGGUGUUCAGCGCAAAAAUCAUCCUCUCUGUCAUGAGACAAUACGCUGGAAAUCGGAAGUGCCAUUAACGGAAGGGCAGCUUAGGAGUAAGCGAGAUGAGUUCUGGGAUACGGCACCCGCGUUCGAGGGCCGAAAAGAGAUAUGGGACGCACUGCGCGCUGCGACCAGUGCUGCCGAGGCGCUUGAUUUUCAGCUAGCCCAAGCAAUACUUGACGGGGCUAACAUAUCGGUCCCCAACGGAUACCUCACAGAAUGUUACGACGAACUUGGUUCACAGUAUAAAUUACCAAUCUAUUGCCUAUCAUAUCCCGUCAACGUAGUUAAGGAAGAUUACGGAUGUGACUCACCAGCUGAAUACUCGGAACCAGUCGAUGGUGGCACGGAAGUUAUUCUAAAACUUCGAUUAUCGUCGACCUGUACAGAUGUUAAGCUACCAGUUUAUUCUAAAGACACUAUUGGGCAAUGUAAAAAGAAACUUCAGGCUCAGGAAGGAAUAGAUGCAUUUACUCAGCGAUGGUUCUACGGUGGCAAAUUGUUAGGUGAUAAAAUGCACAUCGAUGAGGCCCACAUACAGCCCGGUUACAUUGUGCAGGUUAUUGUAAAUACCGAGAAGCAAUCGUCAUUAGCCAUCAGCUAGCCAACGGUGCCGUUAGUCAGACGAUUGUGGAGCGCUACCACUAACAACGCGUACGGGAUGGUUUACUCGGCAUACUGCCUGCCGGUGCCCGUGUUCUGUAAACGAAUGUAACUUACCAGCUGAUUCGCUAUCGGUCAGCCAGUAGCAGCGGUAGUAGUUGUAAGAGUACAACUGCUUUUACUUCUCUGAUUACUACUUUUGUUAUGCAUCUUUCAGAGACGGUGUACAAGAAUGAGAGCAAACGAAAUAGUAGAGUAAAUGUUAUUGCUACUAGAAAAUGCUAAUAAGAAAAGUCUCCUGAACGGAUGCUCUGUACACAUUUCGUUGAUACAUAUAUACUUACGCGCAUAUAUCUUCAUACUUACUCAUAGAACCAACCAAACGAAAACAAAAAAAAAUACUAAUCGAAAACGAUGAAAAUAACACCGAACAAAAUCAAAUUCUGCUAGGAUUCGCGUACAACUGGACGUGUCCUUUUUCCUAACUACUCAAGAUUAGCUAUUUAAUGGUAUCGUAACAGACAGGCAAAAUCAAACCAAUUUGUGAAUACAGCUUUAGUUUUAAAAUGUAACGUAGUGAUGGCGUUGCCUGUAGAUUGAUAUAACGAUCGGGCAUAAUGGUGCAUUAGCAGCAAUUAGAAAAAGAAAGGUAGGAUGUGAGAGAGAGAGAAGGAGAGAGAAAGAGGGGUAGUGCGUGAGAGAGAUAUAUAAGGAAAUGCAAGUGUGUUUCUCGGUGUCAGCACGUGCAAAUUUUGCAAACUGCAAACUAUUGGAAACCAAGUGCAACGCAACACUACUAGCGCAAGUGCAACACCACGUGCAUGUAAGCAUUAUGUAGUGGAUGAUAAAUAUUGAUAUUAACAAGGUUUAAUUUAAGCGAACUGAUAGUUAUUACUUUUAACGAUAGGCUAUACGUAUACAUAUAUGAAUGAGCUAAACAAAAAUAAUAUAUUUGGAGAUAACAGAAGCUAUUUAAUUUGAAA